AUGUCCUCCAACGUCGGCCUCACCACCCCGCGCGGCAGUGGCACAUCAGGCUACGUCCAGCGCAACUCCGCCCUCCUAAAAGUCCGCAACACAGGCUACGGCGCACCCUACCCGCCCGUCAGCGGCGCAAACGGCAGCGGUCCCAUGGACCGGCCCUUCAAGCAGCGCGUCCCGGACAAGCAGAUCCUCGACCACGACCGCAAGCGCGCGAUCGAGGUGAAAGUAAUGGAAGAGCGGGAGCGACUGGAAGAAGAGAACGAGCGGAUCGAGGAAGAAGCAAAGAAGAAGAAUGCCAAGACCGACGAAGAAGAGAAAGUUCUCAGCGAAGAAGAGAUUGAUGAGCGGUGUGGUGUUCUGCGCCAGUUGUUGCUGAAGGAGCUUGAGGAGGAGGUUCAGCGUGGAGAGGCGUUUAAUAAGUCUCUUCCUGGUGGUCGGGAUAGAAGGAAUUUGAAGUCUUAUCAGGUCCAUGAGCUUGCGGAGGCGAAGAUUGAGGAGACGGAGAGGUUGAGGAGGGCUUUUGGGUUGAGGGAGGAUCGGGAGACGGGGGAGAUUUCUAGUUCGAGGGAUCGGGAGAGAAGGAGGGAUUAG